GAGGAGGGACCCUGCAGGAGGCAUGAGCAACGGGUAUGUGGUAAGAGUUCAAGGUGAACAGGCUGAGCCAGAAACAAGAGUGUAUAAAACUCCAAUCCUGCCUUUGGGACAUAAGGGGACCAGAACCCAGGCUCUUUCAACUGGCUUCCAACCCUCUAACAGGAUCACGCUGUAAUCUAAUCUGCUCCCCAGUGUUUCUGAUUCCUGGAGAGUGCUUCUUGAUACCCCGGUUUGACCAUGGCUGGGUGGAUCUGCCUUGUGACAGGGGCAGGAGGGUUUCUGGGUCAGAGAAUCGUGCGUUUGUUGGUGGAGGAGAAGGACCUACAGGAGAUCCGGGCACUGGACAAAGUCUUCAGCCCAGAAUUGCGGGAGGAAUUUUCUAAGCUCCAGAGCAAGAUCAAGCUGACCAUUCUGGAAGGAGACAUUCUGGAUGAACAGUGCUUGAAGAAGGCCUGCCAGGACACCUCAGUCAUCAUCCACACCGCCUGUAUCAUUGACUUCCUGGAUGUUGUUCACCGAGAAACCAUCAUGAAUGUCAAUCUGAAGGGUACCCAGCUCCUUUUGGAAGCCUGUGUCCAGGCGAGUGUGCCAAUCUUCAUCUAUACCAGCACCAUAGAGGUGGCUGGGCCCAACUCCUACAGGGAGAUCAUCCAGAACGGCCACGAAGACGAACAUCUCGAAUCCACAUGGUCCGCUUCGUAUCCAUACAGCAAAAAACUUGCGGAGAAAGCUGUGCUGGCUGCUAAUGGGUGGGCUCUUAAAAAUGGUGGCACCUUGCACACUUGUGCCUUAAGGCCCAUGUAUAUCUAUGGGGAAGGAAGCAUAUUCCUUUAUAACCAUAUAUACAAGGCCCUGAGGAACAAUGGGAUCAUCAAACAGAGCAGCAAAUUCUCCAUAGCCAACCCUGUCUAUGUAGGCAACGUGGCCUGGGCUCACAUUCUGGCCUCGAGGGCCCUACAGGACCCCAAGAAGGCCCCCAGAGUUGGAGGACAGUUCUAUUAUAUCUCAGAUGACACACCUCACCAAAGCUAUGAUAACCUCAAUUACAGUUUGAGCAAAGAAUGGGGCUUCUCCCUUGAGUCCAGAAUGAGCCUUCCUCUAUUUCUGGAGUACUGGCUUGCCUUCCUGCUGGAAAUAGUGAGCUUCCUACUCAGUCCGAUUUACAAAUACCAACCCCCCUUUAACCGCCACAUGGUGACAUUGUUAAAUAGCGUGUUUACCUUCUCCUAUAAGAAAGCUCAGCGGGACCUGGGGUAUGAGCCACUCUUCAGCUGGGAGGAAGCAAAGCAAAAGACCAUGGAGUGGGUUGGCUCCAUAGUGAAAGAGCACAAGAAGUCCCUAAAAACAAAGACUCACUGAUCUGGGGGCGCCAAGGACGUAGAGGGAGGUCUUUCGAAACAAGGGCACAAGCCUGGGUCCUACUGCCUCCCAUUUCCAAGAUGGCCACCUUCCUUUACAAGAUGGUAACCCUUCCCCAUCCCUGGCCGAACCAGAAGCUCUCUGUCCUACCCACACUACAGAGGACAGACGAAAGCCUCCGAUGCCGAUCCUGAGCUAUCCGGGCCUGUUUCACUAAAUAGUUUCGCCUAUCGGUUCCAUUUCCUUUUGUUGCGUGUGAAACAUUUCUUAACUUUUAAAAAUUCCGAUUCCUACACACAGCUCAAUGAAAACAGUAAUAAAUGCUUUAAUGCCUAA